AAAUAUGAUCACGUGACCUUGGUUGCCACGGGUAAUGUUAUUUCCUGGCUAGCUUGUGGAUUUUGGAGGCACGGAAAACUCAAGGAAGGAACCGUAAUGGCAAACAAAGGCACCAGCAUCAAAGAUGCCGUUGCAAAAUGGGCUGAGAAGUCGGGGCAAGACCCAAAGGCAGCAACUGAGAUUCAGCUGUACAUGCAGCUCCCUCCCAUUGAGAAGAUGGACGCCAGUCUCUCCACUCUGGCAGCCUGCGAAAAGCUUUCAUUAUCCUCAAACUGCAUUGACAAGAUCACCAACCUGAACGGCAUGAGUAAGACAAACAACUCUGCACAACAAUCAUUCAUCACUCAAACUUUUAGAGGCACUCAAGAUUCUGUCUCUCGGACGGAACCUGAUAAAAAACUUGACUGGACUUGUAAGUGUACCAGUUGGAUCAAGUUCUCGGUAUUUCAUCUGGAGAUGUAUGUAGGAUGCAGUAGCAGACACACUGGAACAGCUGUGGAUAUCUUACAACAACAUCGAGAAGUUAAAAGGCAUCGCAGUGCUCAAGAAGCUCAAGGUGUGGCACACCUGGGCAGAGCUGGAGUUGAUUGUUUGCAUGCAUCGGUUUGGGACAGCUCAGUUUCUGUGCAAGCCAUGCUUUUCAACUUUUCCAUAGUGUGCCAACGAUAGGUGUUAUGUUAUGUGUUUCAAUGUUAUGGUUGCUGUUUCUGAUAUUGUUGUGUUUCCGCCAAAUUGCUGCAUGUGUCACCUGUUGAGCCAGCUCCCAAAACACACACACACAAUAUAGGUGCUGUAUAUAUCCAACAACAACAUCAAGGAUUGGGGAGAGUUCCAGAAACUGGCUGAGCUCCCGGCCCUAGAAAACCUGCUGUUUGUGGGAAAUCCACUGGAGGAAAAGCACAGUACGGAGGGUGACUGGAGAGAUAAGGCCCUCGCUAGACUCUCCAAGCUUAAAAAGUUGGACGGAGUACCGGUAGUUAGUCAGGAGGGAGAAGAUGAAGGGUGACAGAUACUUUAGUCUCCCUUCUCUCACCUGCCAAGCAAUCAUUGUAUGCUACGUGUGAAUUAUAUUAUUGCCAUUUGUCCUUUCCUUUCCCACUACUACUAACACACAAUAGAACAUGACGGUGUUA